UUCAAGGAGGUGACAUACAUAGUUUUGGUACCACCUCAAGCCAUGGGGUUUUGGGAAAUACUUCUGGUUUUGGCCUUCCUUGAAAAAAGUUGGGGACAGGAACAAACCAGAUUCACCGUUUCAGCACCAGUGGUCUUCCGCGUCGGAGUGUCAGAGAAUGUCAUGGUCCAAGCCCACGGCCACUCUGAUGCCUUUGAUGCAACCAUCUCUGUAAAAAGCUAUCCUGAUAAAAACGUCACUUACUCUUCAGGCUCUGUUAAUUUAUCACCAGAAAAUAAAUUCCAAAACGCGACAAUCUUAACAAUUCAGGACAAACAGUUGUCUCAAGGACAAAGCUCAUUUUCAUAUGUGUAUUUGGAAGUCGUGUCAAAGCAUUUUUCAAAAUCAGAAAAACGGCCAAUCCUCUAUGACAAUGGCUCUCUCUUCAUCCACACUGACAAGCCUGUGUACACUCCGCAGCAGUACGUAAAGGUUGGCGUCCUUUCACUGGGAGAUGCCUUGGAGCCAGUUACACGGAAAACUGUCUUAACUUUCAUAGACCCUGAAGGAUCAGAAGUUGACAAAGUACAAGGAAACAAUCUUACUGGAGCUGUGUGUUUUCCUGACUUUCAGAUUCCUUCUAACCCCAAAUACGGUAGAUGGACGAUUCAGGCUAAAUAUAGAGAAGACACUUCCACCAAUGGAACAACACACUUUGACGUCAAAGAACAUGAUAAAGCCUUCAAAAUAAGUCUCACGCCAGUAAGUGAUCUGCAGCACGAAGUGGAAAUUCAAGAUGAAGCCCAAGGCGUGAGUCUCCAGUCAACAGAUUACCUGGAACAGAAAAUAAGAGAACAAGCUGCUACAUAUAAACAUCCGGUGGUAAAGAAGUGUUGUUAUGAUGGAGCCAGACAUAGUGAGCAUGAAACGUGUGAGCAGCGAGCAGAACGUGUGAAAAAAACAGGCCCUAACUGUGUCCAAGCCUUCACUCAGUGCUGCACCAUGGCAACUCAGAUCAGAGCUAAUGACACCUUUAAACAUAUCCACGUGUUGAGGAAUCAGUUUCAAAUUCCUUGAAUCUUUUACUGAGGAAAAAAACGAGGCGAUCUAACUGCAUGGAAUAUCUAACCGUUAAACCCAGAAGACGGUGCUCACGGCACUGUGGCUGCCACAGUGAAUGCUGACACGCUGCCCAGGGAGAGCUGAAGACUCAACAGCACACACUGCUGUGUGCCACCGUGCUGCCCACGUGCCCAGAUGUCUGUAACCCUGUAUCAGUUCACCACAAAUGACCAGAUGUGCCAGCAGAGCAUGGGAGCCUCUAAAAUGAUACUGUGCCUAUAAAUAUGUGUCAAAGCAGAAUAUUUGAAUCAAUAAAAUAUUGUCAUCCA